GGGGAAAAUUACCGUGCGCUGCAGGAAUGUCGAACAACACAGAAGCCAUGACGAACUCUACCGAACAAAACGUUACCUUGGGUUUCUAUAUCGCCAUCAUUAUAACUGGCUUAGUCGGUAAUAGUUUGGUGAUCGCUGUCAUUUCUGGCAAGAAGAGCAAAAGGUCCAUCUAUGAUCUGUUUAUUUUGAACCUUGGCAUGGCUGACUUGUCGUUUAUCUUCUUUUACAUGCCAGUCCUCAUUUACGAGGAGUAUAUCAACAGCAUCUACAAAACUGUGUAUUACUGUCGACUUGUUCAGCCUUUGUUGACAAUCUUUUAUUUUCUAAGCAUCUUCACCAUCUCUUCCAUGGCAAUCCAUCGCUGUAAGGUGAUUACAAAUCCGCACAAACCCAAAAUGAAGAAGCGAACUGGUUACCUGUGGAUCGCUGCUGUCUGGCUGUUUACAUUCAUUAUUGUGCUACCGCUGUCCAUUGUGACAAAGUCGACAAACGGGAAAUGUGACGAGAAAUGGCCGACACUGAAUCAUCGUAAAGCCUACACAUUGGCUCUUUUCAUUCUUCAGUUCGUUAUCCCGCUUCAGAUAAUCGCGGCAGCUUACCUUAAAAUCGGUAUCUACUUGUGGCGCUCAGCUGCUCCGCAAAGCUCCCUUUCCUCUGUUAAGAGCAAGCGGGUUCAGAGGAGAAAGAAGGAGAACAUACAAGUUGUCAAAACACUGGCAUUGAUCGUGAUUCUGUUCACCGUCUGUUUACUGCCGGGUCAAAUUGGUUAUCUGCUGUGGGAAUUUGGAGAUGAAGAAGACCUGGCCACGAUAGACAUCAUUUGCAAAUUUGCAACUAUUCUCGACUGCCUUCACGCUUGUGUGAAUCCGAUUGUUUAUGGACUGUUGACUGAACGGUUUCGCAGAGAAUACAUCAGAUAUCUGUCGUUUUGUCUUUCGUGCGGCACAAAACAGGUCAACACAAUGCAAGAGACUCAGAACGCAGAGAGCACAAUAGAAAUACUGUCACCGUCGACUACAAGAAGAAAACUCACCAACGAGGAUGUAGAGACGAUACCAAAUGCUCUGAACGAGUCACAAAACUUAGAUUCACAGAUAACGCGACCCUCGACUGCAUGCUCCUCUGUGCUGCAGGAGCCAACCCUGAUUAAAUAUGUUUAUACAGCGACUGACUGAGUAUGAUGUUGUCAACUGAGUCCCAGUGCUUCGACGAUGGCUUUUCUGGCCUCUUCCCCAAGGUUUUUCUCUUUCUGAGAGACCUUAAGCAAGAGAUCCGUGGCUAGUUUUGUUGCACUCCUUUCAGUCCAAACUUGCGUAAAUUGCUGUCGUGUUCGAUUAAAAAAGCACAGGGUUUUCUUCAUGAAUGUAAAAGCAUUUGGUAGUGGAAAAAGUUACUGCUAUAAUUAACUCUUUACGGCAAAACAAGGCUGUAAUUACGUUGCAAAGCCACUCGCUUUUUUUUUUUGAAGAAAGGAAAAACUGGGCCAAUACGAACUCACAGCGUAGGAAUUAUAUUCUUACCCCAAAACUUGAAAGUUCAGGCUAUCAAUGAAACGCUUCACAGAAUAUUAUGAAAGAAUUCAAGUCAACUUGGGUCGUAACCAGCUCAAUUCUUACCCUGUAGCCCUUCAAAGGCGAAUAAGAAAAACAUCUCCAUCUUGGAACGGACUGGGGAAAAAAAGGAGUCUGGAGGCUCUUACAUACUUCGUUGUUGUAGCUUAUGGUGUCAAUGUUUUAUUUGGAGGAAUUUCACCCUGAAGAAGUCAGUGUUGGAUUUGAAACGCAGGGGAGCAGACAGAAUUUGAGUGGUACUAUCAAUUUUUUAACUCAUUGGGAACUGGAUGAGUUUACGGCUGAAAUAACUGUUGCAUUGUUACAGACUAUCGGACCGGUUUAACUGCGUUUGAUUGUGGAUGUUUCCUUGUAAAUAUGAUAAGACUAUCGAUUACUGGUUAAAACGGCUCUUUGUAGCUCAUAAAAAUGAGGUGUCUCAGACACAAACCACCUGUAAGAUGACAAUAUCUUUUUCAUCAGCUUUCCCAAUACAAAUACAGUCGGAUGCGAAAUGUCUGUAGAAAUAUAAAGCCUUCGCAUUCCUAAACUAGAAUACAUUUUCUCUAAAGAAA